AUGUAUACUUGCUCACAACAACACAUCUUCCAUUACGGACUCUUCAAAACUGACCAUGUACCACAAGCAAAAUCCACAGGCAAGAUCGCUGCCGCUGGGAGCUGGGAUACAAUAGUAAGAGAGACAUCAAAGAAAAAGGAAGAGGAUAAUCAGAAACCUGACGAGAGAAUCGCAGCAACCAUGGCUUCGUCGUCUGAUCAUCCUCAUGACAGAGAAAAUAAUGACAACCAUAACAAGCCCAAUAGACCGGCCCUGAAGAUCGACACAACCAUCAUCGCACCUACUACUACCGCCCGCGCCAGCGCCGGUACUGAGGUCCCGUCUCCAGAGUCGUCGUCUCCUCCGCAAAGUGCCGUCAGCUCGAUGUCGACUGCAUCGUCCAUUCUUUCCAACUCGUCGAGAGAAUUCAUCCUGCAGCUCGCUCAUCCCAAUGCUACUGAUGGUGAACCUGACGACGGUAUCGUCCUUCUGAUGUGGCCUGUCCCUGUCUCGACUGCGGCUCCUGUGUCGUCUCCGGUUUCCCCGGCUUUGCCGGUCAAUCAGGCUGCUCCCGCUCAGGAUCAGGAUCAUGUCCAGGGGCUGGGUGACCAGAGUGCCCAGGUGACUGGGUACGAUCAGACAACUAUGGAGGAUCUCGCAACAGCUAUGGCUGAGACUGAGAUCUCCUCUGUGUCGGGCACCGAUUGUGACGAGGGUAAUGUCGACCAUGUGGAUCAGAGUACGUUUCCUAGAAGUAGUGGGCGUUCAGUUAGAUCGAAAGAAAGAAGGAGUCUCAGAGGUCUGCUAUAUUCUUAUGGAGUUGAUGGAGUUGUGUUGUUUAGCAGGUCUCGGUUGGUUGGGAGAGAAAGAAGAAAGGAUGACAGGAGCUCGGGGGGAUCUGCUCGUUUAUGUAUGCUCGGGUUGGAGCUACUGUAUGGUCGUUUACCGUCGUUUACGAGUUUCAUGCAGUUAAUGUUGUCAUCUUUGGAGGUUUCUUCUCGUAUUGAGUGUUGCCGGGCUCAUUUACGUGUGAGUACUUGGUGCAGUCGGUGUGCAUUCAAUUGGAUGUGGUUCGUAGUUGUGUUCCGGACCUGGCUGGGUCAGAGUGAUAGCCUGCACGUUCCAUUGCACUGCUAA